AUGAGGAUCGCUACGCUUCAAUUCAACCCGAAGCUGGGCGAUGUCGAGGGCAACAUCGAGACAGCCAAUGCAUUGCUGAAGAAGGGCAAGACCAUCUCUAUAGAUAGAGAGCAACCUGGUCUCGGCCUUGGUGUGGACCUUUUGAAGCCUGAUGUUCUGGUGCUGCCCGAAAUGGCCUUAACAGGCUACAACUUCCCUUCGUUGGAAGCAAUCACGCCAUACCUUGAAACAUUUGGUGACGGUCCAUCUUCUUUGUGGGCGCGGGAAACCGCCAAACGCUUGCAAUGCAUGGUUUGUGUCGGAUAUCCAGAGAUUGAAAAAGAUCCCCAAAAUUCUGGCCAAACCACAUGCUACAAUGCCCUUCUUGUUGUUGACAAGAAUGGCGAUUUCAUCCAUAACUACCGCAAAAGCUUUUUGUACAUGUGCGACGAGCCGUGGGCGGCCGAAGGUGAUAUCGAGCGAAGCUUCCGUGAGCUCAAAUUUUCUUCCCUAGAAAGGUUAUCUACCAUCAAGGGAAAUCAGCUGUUUCCCGAAAAGCAGAUUGCAACUUCAUUUGGUAUCUGUAUGGAUAUCAACCCGUACAAGUUCGAGGCGCCAUUUGACAAAUGGGAAUUUGCAUCCCGGGUCCUUGACUCCAAGUCCCAGCUCGUUAUCUUGUCUAUGGCGUGGACCAGCAUGCUGAGCCCUGAGGAACUCGAGGAUUUGAAGGACAAACCUGAUAUGGAUACCUUCAACUAUUGGCUGCAGCGGUUCUGGCCGCUGAUAAAGAGGAAAAUGCAACACGAGGUGGACCUGGACGGCGGAGAGGCGCCGGAUUUCCCAAAAAGGAUCAUCAUUGUCUUUGCAAACCGGUCGGGGGAGGAUCCACCAGCGGACGAGACCAAGCCACCGGUGCAAUAUGUGGGGUCCAGCACUAUCCUCGCCAUUACGCAACGACCGGAGAAAGAUGCAGAUGCAGGGUCAGGUGCCUCAGAAAGUGAGACAGAGGAUGACCUCCCAUCCGACGUGAAGAUACUGUGCUGGGACAUGCUAGGCGCGAGGGAGGAAGGUAUUUGUUUCGCAGAUACUACGGCAGAUCCAAAAAUGGUCUUUGCCCUGAAGCGGGCAUCCAAGUAA